AUGCACUGUGUCCCGCUGAGUCCUGCCUUGCAGCCACGGGCCCCAGUCUCCACAUUGGAGCUGGAGGGUCCCCACUGGGUGGGCCCGGGGCCCGAUAGGGGCCGUACCGUGAGCAAGGAGUUCAGGGAUGUGUGGUUGGUGGGCAGUGCCUGCCAGCCCCUGGGCUCCCUGGGGGCUCUGACAGGGCAUGACUUUGGCAACCCUGGAGGUGUGUGCACUGAUGUGGAUGGCAGCGUGACCCUCUUCCCUUUUUUUUUUUCUUUUUUAAGAUUUUAUUAUUUAUUUGACAGAGAGAGAUCACAAGUAGGCCCACCCAGGCGCCCCGUGACCCUCUUCCCUAAGUCCGUGCCCAUCUGCCUGGUGUCCGAGGGGCUGAGGCACUGUGGUUUGUACACCCCAGGGCCAGUUCGUGGUUGCAGGUGUGGGGGAUGGCGCCAUCAAAGUGUACUAGUACUGCUCGAGGCUGGCCUGGCCAGUGGGCUCCCAUCUGAGCCUGGUGCACCCCCCGGGGCCCCAGGGCCACUGUGGGAGAGACACUGGGGGUUGGCUGCGCCCCCCGGACUGCUGGCCACCCCUCCCUGA